GGAGCCGGCGGGGAGGGGAAGGGAGCGGAGAGGAGCGGAGCCCGCGGGGCAGGUACUUGGCCAGUGGAGGAUCCUGAGGUGAUGCACUCCCUGCCCGCAAGAAGCUUCCACUCCAGAGGAGGAAGACAGCCCUAACGAGGCGCGGGGCAGGAUGGAGAGCCAGCCGGCGGGGCGCAGCAAGGUGCCCGCCUUCCUGUCGGACCUGGGCAAGGCCACCCGGCGGGGCAUCCGCAAGUGCCCGCGCUGCGGGACCUACAACGGGACGCGGGGCCUGAGCUGCAAGAACCAGGCCUGCGCCGCCGUGUUCCGCUUCGGCGCCCGCCGGCAGCCCGGCCCCCUGGCCGUCCAGGUGGUCACGGGCUCCGACCCCCGGCUCUUCUCCGUGCGGCAGCGCCAGCGCGGGCCGGACCGCCGGGGCUUCGUCGAGCUGGCCGAGGCCGGCCGCUGCCACGUGCCCGGCUGCCGGAAGCCGGACGGGCCCUGCCACCACCUGAAGCUGGCCCGCGACUGCCGGGCCCGGGCCGCCCCGCUGACCCUGAAGAGCUCCGUGCUGAGCGCCAUGCCCGUGCCCCCGGAGGUCAAGCAGACCCUCUGGAGGCUGGCCAGCCAGCCGCCCGGGCCCCUGGUGCAGAGGGUCACCAAGACCACGCUGGUGGUCAAGUGCCAAUCCGCCCAGAGGCCCGGCCUGGGCUACGUCCACACCUCCUUCGCCCGCAAGGCCGGGGCCAAGGGCGCGGCGGCGGCCCAGAGGCGCUUCCUCUGCUCCUGUCAGGGGGUCGGGCCCGGCCGGGCACUGGCUGCCAAGGAGGACGGAGAGGACGAGGACCAGGAGGAGGAGGAGGAGGAGCAGCAGCCCGCCGCCCCCAGGUGCAUCCACUUCUUCGCCUGCCUCUGCGCCUUCGCCAGCGACGACGCGUUGGCCCAGGAGUUCUCCGACCUCCUCCGAUGCCACUCGGCCGGGCUUAAAGGCGUCCUUGUGCCCCAAGUCGGGGACCCCCCGGAAUCAACCACGCAGGCUGGCGAGCCUCCUGCCUCCAAGCCGAAGAAGAGGAAAAAGGAUGAAGCUUCUGCCAACAGCCUCCUGCCGCCUCAGGAUGGAGGCGGGAGCGGGAGCGGGAGCGGGAGCAGUCACUCCAGGAAAAGCGGAUCGAAAAAGACGCCCGUCGCCUCUUUCCUCAAGAGGCAAGCCUGCGGUCAAGCGGCGGCCGAAUCUCAGGUGUCGCUGUCCUUCCAGGAGUGGCUGGCCAGCGUCACCGAACGGAUCAACCAGACCAUGCACUACCAGUUCGACGGAAAACCGGAGCCUCUGUUGUUCCACAUCCCCCAAGCCUUCUUCGACGCCCUGCAGCAGAGGAUAGCCAUGGGAAGCACAAAGAAGAGGGUUCCUAACGCCACCACAGAUUUCGUCCGGAAAGAUGCCCUGCCCCUGGGUACUUUCUCCAAAUACACCUGGCACAUCACAAGCAUCCUGCAGGUGAAGCAAAUAUUGGACACCCCUGAGAUGCCCCUGGAGAUCACCCGAAGCUUCAUCCAGAACCAGGACGGGUCGUACGAGCUGUUCCGCUGCCCCAAGGUGGAGGUGGAGAGCGUGGUGGACGCCUACGGGCACCAGGAGAGGCAGCCCACCUUGCGCCCGCUGCAGAUGAAGACUUUCCUCAAAGUCGGAGCUUCCAGCCUAGGGUCUGCGGUCUUCCCCUCGUGUCCCCCUCCGGCCCCGAAGGCCACACGUCCCCGGACCAGAAGGAGCCGACGCCGUUCACUAUCGAGUGGACCCCCGGCAUCCUGCCCCGGUCCAAGAUGGGCGAACUGCGGAUCCAGUUCGAGUACGGCCACCACCGCAACGGCCCCCCGGCCCCGCGCCCGCCGCCGGACCAGGCCCUGGAGCUGACCCCUCUGACCGCCGUCGCCUUGCCCUGAGCCCGCUCGGACGAAUGGAGGCCGCGCAGGACGACGUCCACCUCCCCUCCCGCUCCGGGGGUCCCGGGGGGGUUUGGGAGAAGCCGGGUGCAUCCCGAAGCGGCGGAUUCCCAAUUCCGUUCUUCGGUCACGAUUAAGCGAAGCCCAUCGCCCCCGUCUCCGGUUUCCCUUCGGUGGGGGACUGGUGACCGCUUAUUAAAAACAACAACAACGAUGAGCAGAA